GGGGUUCCAAGUCUGGAUUUGCUGCUAACAAAGCAAGGAAGGGAAACUCUCACCUCAGCUGACACAGUGUUUGCCACCCAGAGGCGUGCCAGAAGCAAGUCUCCUCCGAAAGACAACCUUCUGCUGAGGCAGAUCUGAUGGCACACAAGCCUCGCUGCAGCUCUCCCCAGUAGAAAGCAGGUCGAGUGCUCCUGCCUGCCCUCUUUUGAGCCACGCCAGUUGUGCCCAGGAGCCAAAAGGAGCAGAGAUGGAGGGCAGCUCCCUGCCGCUCUGCGCCGCCUGCGGCCAGGCGCAUCCUGCCGACGAGAACCACUUGUACAGCUACGCCCAGGAGGUGGACGAUGAUCUGAUCUGCCACAUCUGCCUGCAGCCUCUGCUCCAGCCUUUGGACACCCUCUGUGGCCACACCUUCUGCACAGCCUGCCUCACCAGCUUCCUGCUGGAGAAGGACUUCUGCCCCAUGGACCGCAAGCUCGUGGUCCUGCAGAGCUGCAGGAAGUCCAGCAUCCUGGUGCACAACCUCCUGGAUAAGCUCCUGGUGAGCUGCCCUUUCACAGCACACUGCUCAGAGGUCCUGCAGCGUGGCCACCUCCAGCAGCAUUUCCAGACACAAUGUAAAGGAGCAUCCCACUAUGGCCUUACCAAGGAGCGGAAGAGACGUUCCCAGGACUGCUCUCCAGCCCACGGCUCCAGCUUAGCCGUGGCUGCCCUGGACCCUGAGCUGUCUGCAGCUGCUGCCAUCGCCUUAAUGAGCGACGAGCCCGGGCUGGUGAACCCAGCCUUCAGCCCCACCUCGGAGGAGAGCCAGGCGGGCAGCAGCCCCGGGGACCUGCACCGCGGCAGCCGCAGCACAGCUCGACACUUUGAGCGUUCCACCCUCAGAAGCAGGUCCUUCAAAAAAAUCAACAAAGCCUUCAGCGUGCUCCGGAGGACCAAAAGUGGCAGUGCCGUUUCCAACCACACCGACCGGGAGAGGGAGAGCCCUGGGAGCACCUCUGCUGCUGCUGCUGCUGCUGAAGAUUCAGAAUGCUCCACACAACCCUCGGUGACCAAACCCCAACACCCUGUGGGAAACCCUGCAAGGAGCAGCAAACCCAAGACAGAAAGCUUUCUGCUCUCUAGACUCAGCAGCUGUGCCCUGUUUAAGGACUGGAAAUGUAAAAUGGUGAAGAAAGCUUUCCCCAGGUUGUAUCACCUGAUCCCAGAUGGAGAAGUCACCUGCAUCAAGAUCAGCCGGAGUGACCCUCAGGAGAGCUUGGCCAUCAGGAUCGUGGGGGGCAGCGAGACACCGCUGGCUCACAUCAUCAUCCAGCACAUCUACCAGGAUGGGGUCAUUGCCAGAGAUGGGAGGCUGCUGCCUGGAGACAUCAUACUGAAGGUGAACGGCAUGGACAUCAAAACCGUGCCUCACAGCUACGCCGUGUCCCUGCUGCAGCAGCCCUGCCGCGUCCUGCGCCUGACGGUGCUGCGGGAGCAGCGCUACCGCUGCCGGCACAGCAGCCUGCCGCUGGACGCCCGCUGCGGCCGCGACGACAGCUUCCACGUCGUGCUGAGCAAAAGCAGCCCGGACGAGCAGCUGGGGAUCAAGCUGGUCCGGCGGGCCGACGAGCCGGGGGUGUUCAUCUUCAACCUGCUGGCCGGCGGCGUGGCCGCCCGCGACGGGCAGCUGCAGGAGAACGACCGCGUCCUGGCCAUCAACGGCCGCGACCACCGCUACGGCAGCCCCGAGAGCGCCGCGCAGCUCAUCCAGGCCAGCGAGAAGCAGGUCCACUUCGUGGUGUCACGGCAGACCAGGCAGCAGACCCCAGACAUCCUGCAGGAGACAGGAUGGACUUAUGGUGGUGGCAACCCCCAGCCCUGUCCUGCUGAGAGACACAACAAGAGCACCCUUCACACUGUCACCUGCCACGAGAAGGUGGUGGCAGUCCGGAAAGACCACACAGAGUCCCUGGGAAUGACUGUGGCAGGUGGAGCAUCCAACCGGGAGUGGGAUUUGCCCAUCUAUGUGAUCAGCGUUGAGCCUGGAGGAGUCAUCAGCAGAGACAGCAGGAUCAAAACAGGGGACAUCCUGCUGAACGUCAAUGGGGUCGACCUGACAGGGGUCAGCCGGAGUGAGGCUGUGGCCCUGCUGAAAAACACCAACUCCUCAGUGGUGCUCAAAGCUCUGGAGAUGAGAACCUGUGAAGGCCAGGAGCAGCAAGGCCACCUGCCAGCCUCUGAUGGCACGGAGGAGACCUCUGAGAGCAGCGAGUGGUCACCGUCCUGGGUGAUGUGGCUGGGACUGCCGCGGUACUUGUACAGCUGCAAAGAGAUCGUGCUGCGCAGGAACACGGCUGGCAGCCUCGGCUUCAGCAUCGUGGGCGGCUACGAGGAGCACAGCGGCAGCAAACCCUUCUUCAUCAAGUCCAUUGUAGGAGGAACACCAGCAUACAACGAUGGCAGGAUCAGGUGUGGCGACAUCCUCCUGGCUGUCAACGGCAGGAACACCUCAGGAAUGAUGCACUCCUGCUUGGCAAAGAUGCUCAAGGAACUGAAAGGCAAAAUUACUCUCACCAUUGUGUCCUGGCCUGGCACUUUUGUAUAAAGCCAGGCUGCCUGGAGGAUGUGGCAGGAAAAACAGAGGCAGAAAGGUCAGGUUUUGUUUUCUGGGGGUAGGGGUGGGUCAAGGAUGUGUUCCUAAAGGAAAAGGUUUGUGGAAGUCCACCCUGCACGUGCAGAAAAGCCAAGUUUAGGCAAAGCAGGGACAGAAAAUCACUUGACAGAAAUUCAAGGUAGAGACUUGAGUCUUUCCUUCCCUCUCCUCUUAAGGACUUUUGGUUUGGUUUUUAUACCUAGCUGUACCUAACGAUGAUGACAUGGAAGGAGCAGCAAACAGCUCCUGCUCACCCACUUUGAGUUUGCUUCACAAGGAAAUCCUUGAAGAACUCCUGGGGUGGGAGGAGGAAAAAAUAAAUCCAUGACUAAAUUGACUGCAGUUUUCCUAGUUGCAAACUGCAAACAAAAAGGAUCCAGGUGAAGGUUUUGAAGCCAGCACACUAAGAGCACUUUGCUUACCCUGUUAGCUUUUCAUGGUCAGCAUGAAGCUGGGUAUUUUCAAGACUGUUUUUGUUAGUCUGUAAAACUGUGAAUUCAUUAAAGUUUCUAAGAUAAUUAAAA